AACGCACAGCCCAACUCGCUUCGAAGCUCAUGUGCGUCGACGAGACGCGAAUCGAAACAGACAGCAUGAAGACCAUUGGCAUCAUUGGCGGGAGCACCGACAUCGCCACCGUGGAGUACUACAAGCUCAUCAACCAACACGUCCGACAGGAGCUCGGCGGCCUGCACACGGGCGAAAUCAUCAUCAACUCCAUGGACCUCGCAUGGAGCGCGCACUACGUCAACAACCAGCUCUGGGACGAAGGGGCAGCGUACCUGCGCGGCAAGGCGGCGAGCCUGGAGCGCGCCGGCGCCGACUUCAUCAUCUGCGUGUCCAACACCUGGCACCGGGUGGCGGACGAGUUCAUGGCAGGCGUCAGCAUACCCCUGCUACACAUUGCCGAGCCCACAGGCAAGGCCAUCCAGGACAGAGGGCUGAAGAAUGUCGCGCUGCUGGGCACAAAGGCAACCAUGUCGUCGCCAUAUCUGCCGGAGCUGUUUGCGGCGCAGUACGGGCUGGUCGUCACGGUCCCGACGGAGAAGCAGCAGGAUCUGAUUGACGGCGUCAUCUUUGGCGAGAUUUCGUACGGGCGGUUCACGGAAGCGUCUCGCGAGGCGUAUCUCGACAUCAUCGACGACCUGGUGGCGCGCGGGGCGCAGGGCGUCGUGCUGGGAUGUACCGAGAUUCCCCUGUUGGUGUCGCAGGAUGACCGGCCAGACGUGCCCAUGUUUGAUACGCUGCGGCUUCACGCCAGGGCUGCGGCGAUGAAGGCCAUCUAUGAUUAGCUCGAGGGGGGAGAACAAGGUCGCACAAUUGGACUUGAAUGCGAGGUGGGGAGGCGUUGAGGACGCGGUCACCCGUCAUCAAAGCUGUGAAACUCCGAGCCGGACACACGCACACGCACAUAGCCUCAUGCGUGGGUGGGCUUUUUUCCGAAUUGCCUCAGUGAACCCGUCCCUGGUCUAUAUCGCGAGGCCAUUCAGUGUCUUGGAUACCCAGAUCUACCUCCGUGCUUUUGUGGUGCCCAAUAUCACAAGAUAGAAAAGGCUGGCUGAGAAUAAAAGCAAUCUGGCGAAGAUUCCGACAGAGCUUCAGAUAUGCAUCUGGCACGACACCCCUUCUCAAUGCCUAUGCACCCUGGCCUGACUCGUCUCAGCG